UCAGCCGGUGGGCCGCGGGGCGCUCCCUCUCGGCAGCGCCGGCUCUGAUGGCUGCGCCGGGGUGUGAGGGCUGCGGUCUCGCUGCCGGCAGCUGAGCUUCGGCUCUUCCGUGCCAUGGAUUGUCUCCCGAGCCUAGCCCGGCUCUUGCCCCGAGCCGCGGGGCGGCCCCGGCGGGCCCUGGGCGCGCUGGCGCGGGCCCGGGCCCCUGGAUCCCUCCCCGCCGCUUCCUCCCUCGGGCCCCCGGCGGGAGUGCUGCUCCGCGCACACAGCCGAACGGGGUUGCCCCGCAGUCUCCGGCAGUUGUGUGAGCCCCAGCGGCCCGGCGUAUCAGGUAAAAUUCUUCGACUCAGUACUUCUGAUGCUUCCCAAGCUACCUUAGCUAGUGUAGCACCAGUAUUUACUGUGACAAAAUUUGACAAGGAAGGAAAUGUUUCUUCUUUUGAAAGAAAGAAAACAGAAUUAUACCAGGAAUUAGGUCUUCAAGCUCGAGAUUUACGAUUUCAACACUUAAUGAGUAUCACAACCAGGAACAAUAGGAUUAUCAUGAGAAUGGAGUAUUUGAAAGCUGUGAUCUCUCCUGAGUAUCUUCUGAUAUUAGACUAUCGUAAUUUAAAUUGGGAACAUUGGCUCUUUCGGGAACUUCCUUUACAGCUGGCUGGAGAGGGCCAGCUUGUCACUUACUCCUUGCCCUUUGAGUUUAGGGCCAUAGAAGCUCUUCUGCAAUAUUGGAUCAACACCCUUCAGGGGAAACUUAGCCUUUUGCAGCCACUCAUCCUUGAGACUCUGGAAGCUUUAGUGGAUCCCAAACAUUCAUCAGUGGACAGAAGCAAACUACACAUUUUACUACAAAAUGGCAAGAGCUUAUCAGAAUUAGAAACAGAUAUUAAAGUUUUCAAAGAGUCCAUUUUGGAAAUACUAGAUGAAGAAGAAUUGAUGGAAGAACUCUGUCUAACCAAAUGGAGUGAUCCUGAAGUCUUUGAGAAAAGCAGUACUGGAAUUGAUCAUGCAGAAGAGAUGGAACUGCUUUUGGAAAACUAUUACAGAUUAGCUGAUGAUCUCUCCAAUAAAGCUCGGGAGCUCAGGGUAUUGAUUGAUGACUCGGAGAGUAUUAUUUUCAUCAAUCUAGACAGCCAUCGUAAUGUGAUGAUGAGGUUGAAUCUACAGUUGACCAUGGGAACCUUCUCUCUUUCACUUUUUGGAUUAAUGGGAGUUGCCUUUGGAAUGAACUUGGAGUCCUCCCUUGAAGAGGACCACAGAGUGUUUUGGCUGAUUACAGGAAUCAUGUUUAUGGGGAGUGGUCUCAUCUGGAGGCGCCUGCUUUCCUUCCUUGGUCGACAGCUAGAAGCUCCAUUACCGCCUGUGAUGCCCUCCUUACCUAAAAAGCCUCUCCAAGCAAGUGGAAGAAUUGAAAUCAAGAACAGUCUUAGGCCAGAUGGCCUUGGGUCAAACAGAAAUAUCCUAACAAACCGAUAGGAGCAGCAGCAAGCUGUGACUGAAAUCUUGUUCUUGGUAGUUGACAUGAGAAGCUUCUGACACUAUUCUAAUUUAUUUUCUUUUAAUAAAAUUGAAGACUUGAAAAAAUUA